UUGACUAAAAUAAAACAAAAUUCCAAGGCACUCCAACGUUGUCGUUUUGACAUGAAGUAAAAAUUUGGGGAAACGCAUCUUCUCUCUCCCAGCACCACCGUGUGAGCCCCAUCGCCUUCACCGCGAGCUACUUCACGCCUCCGGGAACCUACGGCGUCGUUUACAAGGCCCGUGACCGCGUCACCAACGAGACCACCGUGUUGAAUGAUCUCUGUCUGUCUUGUUGUUUUUCAAUUAUUCUGCAGCUACCUGAGUGAGGGGACAAUAAUGGGUGAUCCCCAAAAGCAUAGAAUUUUAAUGGUGUCUGAUUUUUUCUACCCCAACUUCGGUGGUGUGGAGAAUCACAUUUAUUAUCUCUCACAGUGCUUGCUCAAGUUAGGCCACAAGGUGGUGGUUGCAACUCAUGCUUAUGGAAAUCGAUCUGGGGUCAGAUAUAUGACAGGAGGUCUCAAAGUAUAUUAUGUUCCGUGGAGGCCGUUUGUUAUGCAGAAUACAUUUCCAACCAUCUAUGGUUUACUGCCAAUUAUAAGAACUAUUCUUAUUCGAGAAAGGAUUACUGUGGUGCACGGGCAUCAAGCCUUUUCGACGUUUUGUCAUGAAGCUCUGAUGCAUGCGAGAACCAUGGGAUACAAGGUUGUGUUUACAGAUCACUCGCUGUAUGGUUUUUCUGAUGGCGGAAGCAUCCACAUGAACAAGGUGUUGCAGUUUACUCUGGCAGAUGUGAGUCAAGCCAUAUGUGUUUCCCAUACAAGCAAGGAAAACACGGUGUUGCGGUCGGGUUUGCCCCCUGAGAAGGUUUUCAUGGUGCCUAAUGCUGUGGACACUGCCAUGUUCAAGCCUGCAGUGGAUCGUCCUAGCAGAUCGGAAGUUAUUAUUGUUGUUAUCAGUCGAUUGGUUUAUCGGAAGGGAGUAGAUUUGCUUGUUGAAGUCAUUCCAGAAGUAUGUCGAUUACAUCCCAAUGUUCGUUUCAUCAUUGGAGGUGAUGGACCUAAGCGUGUGCGGUUGGAAGAGAUGAGAGAAAAACAUUCUCUUCAAGAUCGAGUUGAUAUGCUGGGAGCUGUACCACAUGCACAAGUUCGAUCGGUACUAAUAUCUGGGCAUAUCUUCUUAAAUAGUUCGUUGACAGAAGCUUUUUGUAUAGCCAUAUUAGAGGCUGCUAGUUGUGGAUUGUUAACAGUAAGCACACGUGUUGGAGGAGUUCCUGAGGUUUUGCCAGAUGACAUGAUUGUUUUGGCAGAACCUGAUCCCAGUGACAUGGUGCAUGCAGUUCAAAAGGCUAUAUCUAUGCUGCCAAAUAUUGAUCCUCAAGUCAUGCACAAUCGAGUGACAGAGCUCUACAACUGGAAUGAUGUUGCCAAAAGGACGGAAAUUGUGUAUGACCGUGCUUUGAAGUGCACCACUCAAAAUCUACUAGAACGUCUCUCACGAUACCUCCAUUGUGGACCAUGGGCAGGCAAGCUGUUUUUCUUGGUUAUGCUUGUUGGGUUUUUGUUAUGGAAGCUAUUGGAACUAUGGCAGCCUGCAGAUGAUAUUGAGAUGGUGCCGGAUUUUGCUCUUCCACGCGACUCUGAUGAGGAGAGGUUGGGAAAAAAUCCAAUAAAAUGAAUGUGGUGAUAAAUUAUUUUGGUGCACUAUGGGGUUUUCAUUUUGCGCACUAAUCGGAAAUGCAGAAAGCAGAAGUGUGUUUCAGGAACUGCAUUCCAUCCCAGUUCCCGGAUCUUGUAAUGGAGAUAAUCAGCAGUCCUAUGCAUGAUCAGAAGUGUGCUUCGUGUGCCAUGUUGGCGAGUCAUGUGCUUUUGAAUCUUAGGCGACCCCACCCCUUUUUGGUGGGUUAUGUUUGUAUGGAUCAUUUUGCACCAAGGUCCAUAUCUAUGUUUAGGGUUAGACUCCUAUAAAAGGGAAGAUGAACUAUUGUAUUAUCUAUGUUCACUUGCAUAAUAAAUAGGUGACUUAGCCCUAAAAACUAUUACUUCCAAUAGGGUUUUUGCUUAGUCUCACUAGAUUGUGAACAAGUCAAUUCUUCAAAACUGAAAUUGUUA